AGAAAUCAAGAAUUAUGUUUUGUUGGUGUAAAAAACGGGCUCGAAUAUCAUAACUUUCUGGGCGGUGUUGAACAACAAAAAGGAUAUUCGAAUUCCAUCUUCUUAUCUCAGACCCUCGGGGGAAUUGCAAAGCUUCGACUUCGUAUUUGGAAUUCUUACAAUGAUUUGUGGACACUGGAAAAAAAUUAUGAAGAUUAGGAAUUUGUUAUCUCUGGGCAUUUCUGAAGGAAUAUUCGUUGAGUAUAGAUUAACUCUUGGGCGAUAAACGGGUUUUCUCUGGAAAUUAACAUUUCGUUAUGGAGACUUAGGAAGAAACCUUUGGGAAGUUGGAGAUCUUUUCUCUGUACCAAAUAUUUAGUCCUCAUUUAGAUAGAACUACUCAAAUAUCGAUGGAAAAUUCGAUCAUCUCGAUCCAAACUAGGUGUUAGUGGUGGGUAUCAUCAUCUUCUCGUGUUUGCGUCUCAUUAUUCUUUCAGAGAUCCUUCAGCUUGAUGACGGUAAACCUCACCAAUAUUGAACAGAAUCAAAAACUCAUUCCUUUGCUUUGAAUUAACCAAUUGUGGAAUAAGAACUCUACCCCGAUCUACAGUGGACACGCUGUAGUCGAGAUUUAAGCGGAAUUGAAUGUGUUUUAGAGCCGUGCUUUAUCGAUAGCCACCAUUUGUCCAGCAUUCUGAGCAUUCUCCGAACAUCAUUUUAAGCAUUGCGACCUCAGUUAAGAGGUUUUUAUUGAGCUUUUGGCCAAACUCCAUGCUUUUAAAUCGGCGAAAAGGUUUCCCGAAUUCCCGAAAAUAUCCAGAGCUGAUUUUUUAGUUCAUUCCCUAGCUUCCUGGAAAUAAUCACUAAUUAUGGGAAUUUCUUUUUCAUUGUGUCGUUUAAAACCAAUCACAAAAAUGAAUUGGAUCAAAACGAAGCUAAGCUUUGGUGGUAAGCAACCGGCAUGAAACUUGGCGUAAACGCGAUAAAGUCUCUUCGUAUUUCGUAAAAUGGAAUAAUAAAGGGACAGUUUAGUUUAUCUUACCAUUCGGAAAUAAAUUGUGCUGCUUCCCGAGCAUUUCGUAUAGCAUUCAAUUAUCCCGUACUUUGGACACGCUUUCAUUCGUUACGAAUUCGUUUGAAAUCGAUUUCGUUAGAAUUUUUUUGUCACUUCCAUUUCUCCGCUAGUGGUUGGUAUUAUCGAUAGCUUUAAAUGCAUGAACAUUUCGGCUUCAUCAUUCGCCCGCCCCAAAUAGUCGUUUUGCAAUCCGUUUCUUACACCAAGGUAGCUCUAAUCCCAGCAGCAAAGCGAAAACGGAAGUGCCUUGACCGAUCGUCCUUAUUACAUUUCAUGCCAAUUUCAUUACUGCUCUCCAGCACUCAAUAUCGAUCCGCAAACAUGGUGGCAGCGUGUUUGUACAAUUUGCAUUCCACGUGCGGAUUAGCUGUAAAUACGAAAAGCCAUGUCAAUGCGAUUACUUUCGGGACAAGCACGGGUUGGUUGUGAGAUGCUGUGCGAGAGAGAGAAAAAAAGAAAACCGACGAGGGAAAAAAAGAAAACCUGCUACUACUAAGUGGGUCUGUGCAGACAAGGUACAGACAUUGAAGACCCAUUUCAAAACUGAAUAUCGCACCACCUAGCUAUUACAGUUCCCGAACCGAACUAACCGAAUUCACAAUGGGAAAAUUUUGAACCACAAAAUACAAGAAUGAAGGUUAUUCCUCACUCUCUCUCUCUCUCUCUCGAACCCUUUCCCUCCUGAUCCCCAUCCCCCAAAACACCACAAGGAUGAUGGUUUCACUAACAGUAUGUUUCAUUAUUAUCCCAUUUCAACUAUCGUGUAUAUGCGGUUGUACCAUUCGAUACAAUAAUUCCGUGUCGACUGUUACAACCCACGAACCCACACGCCCCGUAUGCACACGGGAAAAUGGGCAAUUUUCGUUACAGAAAAUGGAUUCGGGACUCGGGCAUGGUUGGUACGAUCUAACGCCGCCUGGCGGCGUUGAUUGAUCCUGGCAGGAUGGCACAGCAAUGUGUGGAGGAGCGUGUCUUAGAAUGGUUGCACUACAUCUACAGCAACGAUUCCGCCAGGGCCAUCGUGCUGAACGCCGCUGAGUUUAAACAACGGUUGCUGUACAUCUUAGCGACACGGUUCAACAUGGACGAAACCGGUGCCAGCUACUACCUGCACGCGUUCGAGUAUCAGAACAUUACCGAGCACAACAUCACCGAGGAGCACGUGAACGAUUUCCUGCGCCGGGUGUUUCAAUCGCUCAGCUUCCUCAACCGCACCCUGCCGGAUCAGUCCGAACCGGAUGAGGUCGAUGCGACCAACUGUAGCGAUUACUGUAAAGGUGCCGUACGGGAAAUUUUGCUCGAGUACAAAUUGCUGCACGGCUACAUUUCACUUGUGAUAUGUUUCUUUGGCACAAUAGCCAACAUACUCAACAUUAUAGUGCUGACUAGAAAGGAUAUGACCAAAGUGCCCAUCAAUCGUAUUCUAAAAUGGCUCUCAGUGACGGACAUGUUUGUAAUGAUCGAGUACAUCCCGUUUGCAUUUUAUAUGUACCUUGUACUACCGGACCGUCGAGAUUACCCGUACUCUUGGGCCGUUUAUCUAAUGUUUCACAUGCAUUUCACACAAAUCCUACAUACCAUCUCAAUACUGCUGACGGUAACGCUAGCGAUUUGGAGAUACAUAGCAAUCAAGCAUCCGCACGGUUCACUUGCUGUGUAUGCCCAAUCGAACUACGGUCAGGCCAUAGCACUGUGCUACAUCCUGGCGCCAAUCCUGUGCUUUCCGACGUACUUCGUGUUCACCAUACGGCAGACGUUCGUUUUCGAAGGCGACACGCAGCUGAUACUGUUCCAUCUGGACACGGAUGAGAGCACCAUCGUCUAUCGGUACAAUUUCUGGAUCCAUUCGGUUAUAAUCAAGCUGCUUCCCUGUACCAUCCUGACCGUCAUCAGCUGCGUACUAAUACAGGUGCUGUGGAAGGCCAGCAAACGACGCUUGAAAUUGAAACAGGGCGGAAAUUAUUCGAAAAAUGGCACUUCGUCCGUAACGCCCCAGAGCGGAUGCGGAGGCAGCAGUGGCGUUUUGCCACCCACCAGUAACGGAAAUCGCCACCCGAAAACGGAUCGCCGUGCCGAUCGGACGACGACACUGCUGGUGGCCGUACUGCUCCUGUUUCUCUUCACCGAAUUUCCCCAGGGCAUCCUGGGGCUGCUGAGCGGUAUACUCGAAAAGUGUUUCUUCCGUCGCUGUUACGGCCUGUUCGGUGAGGUGAUGGACCUGCUCGCCUUAAUUAAUGCUGCCAUCGGAUUCGUACUGUACGGGCUGAUGUCGAAACAGUUCCGGACGAGCUUCAAGUCGGUUUUUUUCAAAACUCCAACCCAUAGGGCCGAAAUUACGCGCAUGACCGGCAUCACCACCACCUGUGUCUGAUCGUGUAAUAAUGCACGUCUCCUGCACCCUUCCCAUCAACACCCGUCCAACCCCUCCCACCGGAUGACCCAAGGGAGGGAGGAAAUUGACUUCUAACCCUGUCCGGCACAUUCGGGUGCCAACCGGAAACCAUCCUAUCGUAGGUGGAACCCGCUUAACUGUGUCGGGACUUUAGAGCUUUCGUGACACUCACUCUUGCUGCGCUGAAUGCUGAAUGCAACCCUUUACCCAUGGAACUUAUCCGCUCAGCUACCGUAACGAAUUUUGUAGGUUAGGAUCGGAAAUGAAACAUUAUCUAACCUGCGGUGAGUAAAAAACUAUUCAACGGCAUCUGUGUGUGUCAAGUAGUGCCACACUGUUGUAAAACUGUAGCAAAUAGCCGCUAGUGAGCUGCUUGUCGGUCGAACACUUUACCACAAGCACUAGAAGCAUUAGUCAGCUGUAGUUCUUCCUUCGUUUUUUCGUUAUCUGCUUAGUAUCGCAAUUUAGAUGCUCGCUGCGGAGCAACUUUGACUGGCGCAACGUGCGAGUCAAAAUCAGUAAAUCAGAAGAAAAUUUAACCAUGUUUGCUAUUUACCAGCCAUGGGUUGGAGUUGUGAUUUUUAUCGAAAGGAAAAAAACAAACGUAAAAAAAACGAAUAAAAACAGCUUGUUCAAUUGUAAAUAGCGCACACAGUUCACACACGUUCAUUAGAAGCUGCUUAUGCAGAUUUGUAAAAAUUAAUUAAAAAAAAAUGCUAACGAAAUUGUAAUGUACAGUGUUAGAAUGAUAAGAAUUGGGUUUUUUAACUACUACUUCAAUUUAACUAAAUAUGUGUAGAUCGUAAGAAACGAAAAUUAUCAUCAUUUUUGAUGAGAUUUGAUGAGAACAAACAAACACGAAUUAACUAGAAAAAAAAGGUUUAAGCGUAAUCGUACUUAAAAUGAAACAUUUUGUAAUUGUUUCGUGCUAGGAGGUUUCUAGCUAAUAAAAAAGGGUUUCAAGCUUAACGUCGUAGCAAUUGCUUAUCUACUAAAACACCUUUUAACAAAAAAAAAAAAAAAACAACAACACCCACCGUAACACUGCAAACCGAUUCCACAGCGUUGUGCCAGUUUCCGGCGUGGAAUUUGUUUGCUGCGUACCGACUUUUUGCCCGUUGCAUGUUGAAUAUCCUUUGAAUGGUCCACUGAGCCCUAAAACCCUUCUUACGGAUAUUCGUCCAAAUAGUUUUCGGCAAAAUAGUAUCAUUAUUAGGAUGGUUUGAAGGCGACUGGUUGUCGGAAAGGGUAAGGUUUUUACCGGCAACGGCACGCACAUUAAACCAUUUGUUUUAGUGUAGCUUCUAGCGAAUCGGAACGAUUCUGGACCAAUGCGACUAUGCGACCAUUGUGUUUGUGUGCGUGUGCGUGUGCGUGUGCUGCAAGUUCCUUCCCUUUCCUACGAUCGACUGAUCAAAUUAAUAAAUGAUAUUAUUUUAUCCAUUCAAGUAGUUGCUACCACACUUAAGACAAUUAAGACCGCAGGAGACUCGUUUCGCAAAAAAUGGAAAAUGUACUAAAACAAAGCUAGUGCUAUGGCUUUAUGGGGUAGGAAUUGUCAGUCGUACAAAGUGGAAGAUUACAUAAAAAACUAAACUAGAUGUUUUAUUUAUUAGUUUAAUAUAAAAAAGUGUAAGCCCCGGUCGGGGUGUAGGUUUAACUAUAUCGCACAAUACUGAUGAAGGGAUAUCGUAAGCAGCACUAUUAGAGCUUACGCAAAACCGGCAA